CCAGCUUGGGAGACAUGGCGGGCGUUAAAGCUCUUGUGGCUUUGUCCUUCAGUGGGGCUAUUGGGCUGACUUUUCUUAUGCUGGGAUGUGCCUUAGAGGAUUAUGGCGUUUACUGGCCCUUGUUCGUCCUGAUCUUCCACGCCAUCUCUCCCAUUCCCUAUUUCAUCGCCAAGAGAGCAACGUAUGACUCCGAUGCAACAAGCAGUGCCUGUCGGGAACUGGCCUAUUUUUUCACUACUGGAAUUGUUGUUUCUGCCUUCGGAUUUCCUGUUAUUCUUGCCCGGGUGGCUGUGAUCAAAUGGGGAGCCUGUGGCCUGGUGCUGGCAGGCAAUGCGGUCAUUUUCCUUACAAUUCAAGGUUUUUUCCUUGUAUUUGGAAGAGGAGAUGAUUUUAGCUGGGAGCAGUGGUAGCACGCACUUUAUUCUGACAAAAUGCAUUUAAUCUUAGAAUUCAUACUAUAUGUAUAUGUGUGCACAUGUGGCCUUUUACUCUGAAAUUUAAUAUGCUGGUUUUUUAUACCUUUGUAAUCAGGUUCACUUUUAGGAGGACUACAUGGGAAAAAGGUUAGUUUUAUUCCCAGCCAAUGACCUCUCCAUCUACUCCCGUUGAAUUAUGUUACUUGUUUAGCUGUUCAUAUAGUCAACAACGGUGCUCUCAGAAGAUAUGUUCACAAACACAGGCUUGUAGACAGCUGUGCGCUGCCCCGCCACCGUGGGCCUGGGGAUGUGCUGGGGCGGGCACGGAACGCUGGGGCUGUCUCAGCUCCACUCAGGACUGCCAAGAUACACUUGUGGCCCGGGGAGACAGAGGUGGCUCCCUCUUCGUGUUGCAGACUUGUGCUUCUCAAAGUGUGGUCCAUAGGCCAAGAGCACCAGCAUCUCCUAGGAGCUUAUUACAGAAGCCGAUCUGAGGCCCUGCCCCCAAGCCAGUGCAUUCUGAUGAGAUCCCAAGCGAAUCAUACGCAUGUUAAAGUCAGAGAAGCGUCGUCAUGGAGGAAUAAGUAUUGCUUCCCCUUGGCCGGACCACUUAACCUCUCUCGGAGUUAGCUGCUCAUUUGUAAACAUUGUUUCACCUGCCCCUCAUGUUGAGGCCCAGUUCAGCCUCUCUUUGGUAUUUGUGAAGUGUCUGCACCUAUAAUAUAUAGGCUGUUCCUCACAUUUGUGAAGUGGGAACAGCUGUGGCUUCACAGUGUCUGAAAGGCAGUGGUUGUCUUCACAGCGCUGGGGGGACAGAGCCCCCACUGGGAUGCAGGGGAGCGGGGCUGGGCUGGAACCAUUCCCUGCUUUAGCAGGAGGGGGAAGAAUGGAUACAUAACACUGUGUUUAAUUUCCCUUUAUAAUCUGACGUUUCUCCCCAGUUCCUUCCCGGGGCUGCUCUCCACCCCACCCACCCCCACCCCAACACACACACUCCCAGCAGUCUAAUUUGCCCUCACUUCUUUGUGGCUGUGGCUUCUUUCACCAGAGACCUGGAACCAAGUAAGCAAGCAGAAGGUGAGCUGCUUAAUUUUAUUUAUAUGUUGGUGUACUUACUGUCUUUCCCGUCCUGUAGGACUUUUGAAAUAUAUAUAUAAUACUUUGUGCCACUUUUAAAUGAAUCUUUGAGAAUUCAUGUCAGGCCAGGCUAGGUCCCGUAAUCACAGUUUUUCUAGUUCGACUUUUUAUCCAAGACCUAUGGAGAAAGGGAAAUAUAGGAAAUAGAACUGCUUAAUUAGAACAUAAGGAAUGAUUGUAAAGCCUUGUUAAUGUGUAAUGACUGACGUACAUUCAAAACACUGAAACCCUGAACUGUAACCCCUUCAGAUUCUGGCAUGAUGCUGGGAUCAGGAGAAAAUAAAAGUGAUACUUUAGCCUUGUCCACAAGUUUAUGUCUUCAAUACUCUAUGUGUGUAUAGAAUUGUUAAGGUUAUUUCCAAUAUUUAUAGUAGAAAAGUUCUAUAGACACUUUGUAAUUUUAACCAACAUUUUUAAUUAAUACUUGCACUUACCAUAUUGUAAUAAAUUUCACUUUUAACACAAAAGAAGAGUUUAAUUUUAAAAUUCUUUCUUCUGAUGUCGCCUUGCUUAACAGGUAACAAAAAAAGAACAUUUCUUGCUGUUCUGAAAUGUGCGGUUUUAAGCAAUAAUCUGUCCUGCAUCAGAAUAAUAGCAAUAAGUUGUAAGAUACCUUUUGGAUGUGUUGUUGGCUUAUAAUGGCUUUUCUUUUCCUAAGAUGGAAAUGCUGUUUACUUUGUACUAUCUUUUGCAAAAGUGUCUUUGUUGCUUAUAAACGUUUUAAAUAACCAA